AUGGCGCAGACCUUGACACAAGUCCGUGAAUGGAACGCGGCGCUGAAGUCCGCACAGCCGGAAACGGUGGCGCUCUUCGUCGGAGGUACCAGUGGCAUUGGAAAAUACACUGCCAUUAAAUUGGCCGGCGCGGUUAAGAAACCCACAAUUUACAUCAUCGGUCGCAGCGAAGUUGCUGGUGCUGAAGUCGUCGACGCGAUGAAAAAAGCGAACCCGGAUGGUUCUUAUGAAUUCAAAGCUGUUGAUAUCUCAAACCUUCGCAACGUAGACGAAGCUUGCGAGGAACUCAAAACUCGUUUUGAAUUUCUGGACCUCUUAUUCCUCUCUGCUGGAGCUCUUGGUUUUAGCAAGAAUGAGACGCCUGCGGGCAUUGAUGUCAACCAUAUGCUUCGAUACUACUCUCGUAUGAGAUUCGUCGAGAACCUACUGCCUUCUCUGGAAGCCGCCAAAACCCCCCGUGUGAUCAGCAUUCUGGCCGCUGGUAAAGAAAUCAUGAUUGAGGAAGACAACUUAGACCUAAGGAAGAAGUUUUCCUUUUCUGCAGCGAACGGCUACCCAGCAUCUAUGACCUCGCUGGCAUUCGAGGUCCUCGCGUCGCAACACCCAUCCGUCAGCUUCCUCCACGUGUUCCCAGGUAUUGUGGCUACGCCACUCAUGAAAAAUAGUAUGGGAUCUGUGGUAGGUACAAUCAUAGGGUUCCUGGCGAAGCCCAUCGCCAUGUCGGCCGAGGAGAGUGGGGAAUGGCAGACAUGGCUAUCGACUUCACCUAAUUUCGCCCCCAAGAACUCUGGCCAGGGUGUCUAUCUCCUCAAUCACAAUGGCAAGGAUGCCACCAACCAAUCUCUGAUGGCUGAAUUCCGAAAGAAGGGAUUCCCCGAAAUUGUCUGGAAGCAUACGCAGGACACCUUCGGUCGAAUUCUUGCGUAG